AUGAAAGUCAUCAUCACGGGUGGCUUUGGCUUUCUGGGCUUGCACCUCUGCAAGCGAAUCCUGGCUGUGGGCGAACUGAUCGGUGCAGAUGAAAGCACGCAUGUGGUUCGCAAGCUUGUGCUUUUUGAUGCCGGUUCUCCACCAAAGGACAUGCCAAGAGAUUCGCGCAUCGAGGUCCGAGUGGGAGACAUUACAAACGCAGAUGAGGUCAAGUCUCUCGUCGACGAGGAUGGCAUCGUAAUCUUUCAUUUGGCUUCCGUCAUGAGCGGACAAGGGGAGAAGGAUUUCGACAUAUGUUGGAGAGUGAAUGUGGAAGGAACCCGCAACUUGCUUGAGCCAUGCCGGGCCCGGCGUGGUUGCAAGUUUGUCUUUGCAUCUUCAGGUGCUUGCUUCGGGGAAAGGUCUGACGGCCCGGAGACCGACACCACAAAGCUUUUGCCUCACACCAGCUACGGGAUGACCAAAGCCUGCAUGGAACUCGUCAUCAACGACUUUACACGCCGUGGCUUUGUGGAUGGCCGGGUCGCGCGCUUGCCCACCGUGAUUCCAAGACCAGAACCCAACUCUGGGCUUCCGGCUGCUUUUUCAGACAUCUUGCGACAACCAUUGCAAGGGCAGCCCGCCGUCUUGCGACUGAAGCCAGACAUGAAGCAUGCCGUCUGUGGCUUCCGCGUUCUUGUCAGGAAUCUGAUUCACUUGGCCAACCUGCCUGCAGCAGCUUUCGCUGAGUCCAUCGAUCGAUGUAUGAACAUGCCAUCCUUGUCUGUUACAUUGCAAGACCUUGCCGAGUCUCUGCUCAAAAUUGUGCAAGAUCCCUCCAAGCUGGGUAGCAUUACUUAUGAACCGGACGCGGAGCUCUGUGGAAAGCUAUCCACUUUUCACAAACACAUGGAUGCAACACGGGCACGCGCGCUUGGGAUGAUGUGUGACAGCUCGGCAGCCGCAAUUGCAGCAGAUUUCGCUGCAGAGUAUGUGGAUCCGCUGCUGUUGAAGCCAGUGGUGGAAAUCUACGAAGAGCCACGCCACUGGCUAGCUUUUUCCAACGAACACGUGAGGGUCUUCCGUGUAGAGAAUCCACCGGGAGGUCCGCCAGUGAUGAUGUGCCUGGACGUAGAGCUUGCUGGAUUCCAGAACACGCAGACGGACGGUGCCGCGGCGAAGCGGCCAAGGACUGAAGCUGCGAAUUUGCCAGCAGGACUGCGGCUGACAAAGGAAAGGCCAGGGGCCCGGGUUCACGACCUGGAUCUGGCGGCUGGUACAUCCUGGGCUGGACGCAUACCAUUUGCAAGAGCUUUGUUCGUGGUUCACCGCGGAGCACACGUGCGAGGCGAGCUUGGGGACCGCCUACUCAAGCCGGGAGAUGUGUUCUUCCGAGACGGUCCAAUAGACAUGAAGCUGGAAGUGCUGGGAAAGCGCCGCGAUGUGGCCAUUUGGGUCGUGGAACUUCUAUCGUACCAGUGGUCUACAAAUCGUCGAGUAAAAGCAUUGCUGGGCGGAGGUAUCCGCCUGCCAUCGGAGUUUGCCAUGAGUGCCUACACUAGCACGAAGUGCGCCGCACUUAGGCAAAGCAUGGACAGGAUUGCUCGGAUGACCGUUGAAGCUGAGACACGUCCACCUGCGUAUUACGGCCACGGUGUGCCGGAGUGGUUAGGCGGUGGAGCACAAGGCGGUCAGCUGCAGGUGUGGGAGGCUGGAUGCGCCAGUGCAGAUUGCCAGCACGGCCAGCACAUCAUGUCUGUGGUGUUUGCAGCAGGCCACAUCCAACAACGGUGCAAGCACCAGCAGCACCAUGACCAUCCUGUCCAGAACAACAACUUCUCCCAGCUCGCCGCCAGUGCAGUUCAAAGCUUAGACGUGAAAUGCAUUUCCCAGCUUGGCUCACACAGGAAAGCACACGUUGCGACAGCCUUGUGGAACAAGCGAGUGAAGGUGAAACCGGUAGGAUACCUGCCGGGAUCCGAGCAUUGUUGCCGCCUGGCGCUCGCCGCAGGAGCUGACUCCACUGAAGAUUUCCUGCCGCUUUCCACGCAACCACUCGCCGCGCUGGACACGGAUGCUGCCUUGCAGCAUUUCUGGCCUUCAGAUUUGGUCUCGCCUAAGGCACUUUUCCUGGAUUACGACGGAACUUUGCGUGAGUUCGAGAGCAGCCCGGAGCUUGCAGUCCCAACAUCGGAGUUGAUGAGCUUGCUGCAGGCACUCAACGAACGUCCGGACUUGAGGCCACACAUCAUCAGCGGCCGCAGCUCCGAAUUCCUGGAAGCUCAUUUCGGAAGUCUGAACGCCUUCACUUUGAUCGCCGAGCACGGGUACCAUAUCUCACCACCUGUAGCAGAAGGUGAUUGCCGGACUUGGCGGCUUUGGGAACACUUUGGUGGCGAUGCGAAGCAUUUCACGGAGCACAAGAAUUGGAAGGCAAAGCUCCGUGAGGCCAUGUCCCGGCUGGCCGAUCAGAAUCCAGGCAGCCGUUUGGAGGAGAAGCAGUCAUCUCUGGUGUGGCACUACCGACAGCUGGCAGACGAGGCUGCAGCAGAUACUGCCGUGGCGAAGGCAUUUGAGGACCUGGAGCAGUUGUGCAAACGUGAGCGACUCCAGGACAUCAACCUCACCAAGGGCCACAAGGUCUUGGAGGCGUCUUACCGGAAUGUUCGGAAAGGCCUCUCCUGCCUGCACGUGGACACAUGGGACGGACUGAGGAAAACAGAUGGAGAGCUGUGGGCUUUUCAGGGGGGAUUCGACUUGUCCUUUGCAGGUGCUCAGACACCAGAGGAGCUGAGGCAAUUUCUUUGGCGCCUGGUGUUCGCGCCCUGGAUACUUCCAGCCGAACAUGUGGCAAGAGAAUGUAAGAGGGAGUAUGCAGUACGUGAUCAUGGCUCGGUCCUCUUCAUGGCUCGGCCCUCUCAUUUCCACCCAUAA